AUGGCCGACCAGAAGCGACUUGCGACGCUCGAUAGCUCUAUCGUUGACCGUCUGCCGGCGCACUCGCAGACUCUCUUCAACGCCAAGACCAAGGCCGGCCUGAGCUUCUCCGAGAUCGCCAACCUGCUGGGCCGCAGCGAGGUCGCCGUCGCCGCCCUCUUCUACGGACAGGCCCAGGCCUCCGCCCAGGAUGUUGAGAAGCUCUCGUCGCUCCUCGACAUCCCCAAGGAGGUCCUCGCGCCCCAGCUGAUGGCCAUCCCCGACCGUGGCCGCUCGGGACCCAUGCCACCCGUCGAGCCGCUCAUCUACCGCCUGUACGAGGUCAUCCAAAACUAUGGCUACGCGUACAAGGCGGUCUUGAACGAGAAGUUUGGCGACGGCAUCAUGAGCGCCAUCUGCUUCAGCACCAAGGUGGAGAAGGAGGUUGAUGAGAAGGGUGAUGCCUGGGUCGUCAUUACCUGGAGGGGCAAAUGGUUGCCUUUCACACGCUUCUAA